GCCCCCUUGGUGCGCGGGCACAGCAGCCAGGCUGCCGGAGAGCAGAUCUCGGGGAUUCGGGUGCGGAGCCCUUGGCCUGGAAGCGAUAUGGGUGGUCCGUGGCCCGGUUCAGUCGCUCGCAACAGCCUGGGGAACAGGCCUGUCUGGCCCUGAGGGAGUCCCCUUUCUGAAGCUGUGGUGCUUGGACGACCUGCUCUCCACGGUGCUGGGCACCUGUAGGUGUCCCUCGAGAGCUCAGUUUUGAGGUUCAAGUCAGUGUGGUCAUGAAGGGGCUGCCUGUCGGGCUGAUGCUGUGACCCCGGAAUCUGCCUUUCCUGCCAGUCCCCCGGCCCGGAACAUGUGGCUGCGGCUUGGCCCGCCCUCGCUGUCCCUGAGCCCCAAGCCCACAGUUGGCCGGAGCCUGUGUCUCACCCUGUGGUUCCUCAGCUUGGUGCUGAGGGCCAGUACCCAGGCUCCAGCACCCACGGUCAACACUCACUUUGGGAAGCUAAGGGGUGCCCGGGUACCACUGCCCAGUGAGAUCCUGGGGCCUGUGGACCAGUACCUGGGGGUGCCCUACGCAGCUCCCCCAAUCGGCGAGAAACGCUUCCUGCCCCCUGAACCACCCCCAUCCUGGUCGGGCAUCCGGAACGCCACGCACUUUCCCCCAGUGUGCCCCCAGAACAUCCACACAGCGGUGCCCGAAGUCAUGCUGCCUGUUUGGUUCACGGCCAACUUGGAUAUCGUGGCUACUUACAUCCAGGAGCCCAACGAAGACUGCCUCUACCUGAACGUCUAUGUGCCCACGGAGGAUGUAAAGCGGAUUUCCAAGGAAUGCGCCCGAAAGCCCAACAAGAAAAUUUGUAGGAAAGGAGGAUCCGGCGCUAAGAAACAGGGCGAGGACUUAGCGGAUAAUGACGGGGAUGAAGAUGAAGACAUCCGGGACAGCGGCGCUAAGCCCGUCAUGGUCUACAUCCACGGAGGCUCUUACAUGGAAGGCACGGGCAACAUGAUUGAUGGCAGCGUCCUGGCCAGUUAUGGCAAUGUCAUCGUCAUCACCCUCAACUAUCGGGUUGGGGUACUAGGUUUCCUGAGCACUGGCGAUCAGGCCGCCAAGGGCAACUAUGGGCUCCUUGACCAAAUCCAGGCCCUCCGCUGGGUGAGCGAGAAUAUCGCCUUCUUCGGUGGUGAUCCCCGCCGUAUUACUGUCUUUGGCUCAGGCAUCGGCGCGUCCUGUGUCAGCCUCCUCACGCUGUCACAUCACUCUGAGGGGCUUUUCCAGAGGGCCAUUAUCCAGAGCGGUUCUGCUCUGUCCAGCUGGGCCGUAAACUACCAACCAGUGAAAUACACCAGCCUGCUGGCGGACAAAGUGGGCUGUAACGUGCUUGACACAGUGGACAUGGUGGACUGUCUUCGGCAAAAGAGUGCUAAGGAGCUGGUGGAGCAGGACAUCCAGCCAGCCCGCUACCACGUGGCCUUCGGCCCCGUGAUUGAUGGAGAUGUAAUUCCCGAUGACCCUGAGAUUCUCAUGGAACAGGGCGAGUUCCUCAACUAUGACAUCAUGCUCGGUGUCAACCAGGGUGAGGGGCUCAAGUUUGUGGAAGGGGUGGUGGACCCUGAGGAUGGGGUCUCUGGCACCGACUUUGACUACUCAGUCUCCAACUUUGUGGACAAUCUGUAUGGCUAUCCUGAGGGUAAGGACACUCUGCGGGAGACCAUCAAGUUCAUGUACACAGACUGGGCAGAUCGGGACAAUCCUGAGACCCGCCGGAAAACCCUGGUGGCGCUCUUCACUGACCACCAGUGGGUGGAGCCCUCAGUGGUGACAGCUGAUCUGCAUGCUCGCUACGGCUCACCCACCUACUUCUACGCCUUCUACCAUCACUGCCAGAGCCUCAUGAAGCCGGCUUGGUCAGAUGCAGCUCAUGGGGAUGAAGUGCCCUAUGUUUUUGGUGUCCCCAUGGUAGGCCCCACUGACCUCUUCCCCUGCAACUUCUCCAAGAACGACGUCAUGCUCAGUGCUGUUGUCAUGACCUACUGGACCAACUUUGCCAAGACCGGGGAUCCCAACAAGCCGGUCCCCCAGGACACCAAGUUCAUUCACACCAAGGCCAACCGCUUUGAGGAAGUGGCCUGGUCCAAAUACAAUCCCCGAGACCAGCUCUACCUUCACAUCGGGCUGAAGCCAAGGGUCCGCGAUCAUUACCGGGCCACUAAGGUGGCCUUUUGGAAACACCUGGUGCCCCACCUAUACAACCUGCAUGACAUGUUCCACUACACGUCCACGACCACCAAAGUGCCGCCCCCGGAUACCACGCACAGCUCCCACAUCACCCGCAGGCCCAACGGCAAGACCUGGAGCACCAAGCGGCCAGCCAUCUCCCCUGCCUACAGCAACGAGAACGCCCAAGGGUCCUGGAAUGGGGACCAGGAUGCAGGGCCACUCUUGGUGGAGAACCCUCGUGACUACUCCACUGAAUUAAGUGUCACCAUCGCUGUGGGGGCCUCCCUCCUGUUCCUUAACGUUCUGGCCUUCGCUGCCCUCUACUACCGGAAGGACAAGCGGCGUCAGGAGCCCCUGCGGCAGCCGAGCCCUCAGAGGGGAGCCGGGGCCCCUGAAUUGGGAGCAGCUCCUGAGGAGGAGCUGGCCGCCUUGCAGCUGGGCCCCACCCACCACGAGUGCGAGGCGGGUCCCCCCCAUGACACCCUGCGCCUCACUGCGCUGCCCGACUACACGCUGACCCUGCGGCGCUCCCCGGAUGACAUCCCACUCAUGACCCCCAACACUAUCACUAUGAUCCCCAACUCCCUGGUGGGGCUGCAGACAUUGCACCCCUAUAACACCUUCGCCGCCGGGUUCAACAGUACCGGGCUGCCCCACUCACACUCCACUACCCGGGUAUAGCUCCAGCCCAGAGCGCAGCCUAUAUCCCGGCUCCGUCCCGCCCAGAUCCACGAACGCGCACAUGCGCACGCGCGCACACAGACACACACCCUCCCCCCCACCCCACCCCAACAGAGACAUAUAUGUAUACACACACCCCCACACCCUACAGCAGACCCACCUGCACAAACACAGACAGAUGUGGACAUGCACCCGCAUGUACAAUGACACAAAUAAGCAAGUGAACCUGAACAAACCCUUCAAAUGGGGACGCAAACGAGUCCUCGGGGAAACCCGAGGACCUGUGGAAAAGCAGCUGAAGCUGGCUUCCUGUGCCUGACCAUAGUCACUCCUGGGGAGCCUGAAGCACCAGCUGGACACUCCCUUGGUGCUCACCUUCCGCCUCUCUUGGAACUGCACCACCGACCAACUCCAGACUUGGGAGCUUUAAAGAGCAGAGUCGCUCUUUCUCCCCCAGACUUGGUCUUUUUCUGGGUCUUGUUUUUGUUGAUUUUUAAAAACAAAUUUUGGAACCAAUGCAUCUCCAACCUGUGAGAGCAGAGAGGCUCCGGAAGGGAGGGCUCCAGGCCCAGGUCUCCCUGGCUCUGGAACUCCCAGUGCUCACACAAUCCGACCAAGGAACAUGACCCCCAAGAAGGAAACAGUUUUGAGCAAGACUAUGGGGUAGAAGGAGGAAGGGGCUGCCACUGGAUGGGGUUGGAGGGCCGCAGGGGACGACUCCCCAGCCAUCUCUGUAUGCCUGCGGAGGGCUGCAGAGACCUGCUUGCCCCCAGAGACCAGGUACAUCGGCCUGGCUAGACAAGGGGACCCCAGAUGUGGCGAACGAGGUUUUGCGGAGGCCGUGUUAUUAUCAGGGGGGCCCCCGGGUAUAAUCUGGGUCCUGCCUCUGCCCUUGGGGUAAUGCUAUCAGAAAUUCGCCCCAUUUUCUUUACCAGAGUCUCUUUUGUGUCUGUCAUUUCUCUUUCCAAAAGGCGGUGUUUUUUGGUUGUUGUUGGCUUUUUUUUUUAAAGAAAAAUUCUUAAAACACUAACGGAAACCCAUGGAGUUUGUCCUUUGUAAAAAUUUUAAACACAGUGUCUUGACAAAAAUAAAAAUUCCAGUUAGCACUCCCAACCUGCCUCCCUUGCACAGGCCCAGCCCCAACCGACCUCCCAGUAGGGCGCCUCAGCGGGGCUGGGAAUCGCAGCCUCCCUCUGCAUCCUGUGCCUUUAAGCUGAGACAAGUCCGGGCAGGCACCUCUCCAAUCUUAAUCAGGUUGCUGUCCCCAGCCCCCCACCCCCGGCCCCCCGACGCUCUGGGUUCCUGCGGCUGAAGCCUUCUCUCAGCACCUCGGGCCUCCUAAUGAAACGGCAAAAAUAACACUUCCUUCUCUGCUGCACUGCUGCCACCGCCGCGCCACCCGCCACCGCCACCGCUGCCUCUCCACUGCCACCGGCGCCACCACCAUGCCCUCCUCCUGGACCAGGGGCUGGGAGGAGGUCUGCCCUCUAACAUGCUGAAAUCCUUUUUCGUAUCUGAAUCCAGUGCAGCAUCAGCUCUGUGGACUCCCUGGCUUUGGGUGACUGACAGGGCAGGGGCCCUCUCCUCCCCAGGGAUACUGGUUUUCUGUUUUGUGACUUAGAAUUGGAGAAGCCCUUGGGGCCCUGGGAGCGAUUUCUCUCCAGGACUGUGAUCAGUGGCUCCCUGUCAACCCCCGGGGGACAGAUUCAAUGGGCUCCACAGAGUUAACGUUAUGGUGUCUCACAUUCUCCUCAGUGACUUGAAGGACUGAACCAGGAGUCUGCUCAUCAAGUGUGACAGUUGGGCGGGGUUGCUGACACCUCAGAAACCGGGAAUAGAAUUUUUCAAAGUGACCCUGACAAAAUGAGGGAGAUGAACCAACACCACAGGAGGAUGUUCAGAGGGGACGAACACGAGGUGGUACAAAGACCAAAACCGAGAACUAAUAUACUAAUAUGGUACGUGGGGGACGAGAGAGAUAGGCAAUGAUUGACUUGACACAGGUUAGUUCAAAAAGAAAAAAACUGGGGGGAGGGUGUCAGGGUGGGUCACGAGUUGGAAGAGUUCAUAGUGUAGAACUGGUUUUUUCCUCCUCCCUCCUCCCUCCCACCCUCUCCCUUCUCCCCUCCCCCACUCCCUCCCUCCCUCCCUCCCUCCCUUCUUUCUAAAACUAAUGCGAAUACUAGCAUAUAAGAUAGCAUGGAGUUGCUGGGAAGUAACCAGAGUCUGAGUUUUUAGAAUUAGAAGUAACCUCAGAGUCAUCUAGUCCAACCCGCUUCUUUUAUAAUUGGGGAAAUGGGCUCAGAAAAGCACAAUGUCACAGUUAGUGUUAGAAACAGACCUAGAAUGCCGGCCAGUAAUGUGGGACCUUUCCCACAGUCCUCAACUUUCCCCACUCUACCUAGUAUCACUUCGUUCUUUGGGAACAGUAAGGGAUCUUGCCCUCGGUCAACCCAUUUUCCUCACCGUGGAAAAGCUGGAGAGGGUCUGGAGAAGAGCAAAAUCAACCCACCAAAGGACUAGGGUUUUUGUCUUUUUGUUUUUAAUUUAGAAAGGAAGAAGCCAAUGAGGUAACAUUCAAUCAUUGUGGAGCACCUACUGUUUGACAAGUGUGGUAUAGCAUCUUCAAAAAUGGAACUCGUAAAUAAGGACAGAGCUGAUGAUCUAGUCUCCAUUUCUUCUGAGAGGGAUAGAGGGGGAAAGAUUAAGUUAGACACAGGGCCAAACUUGGCUGGAGAUAGGAGUUGAUCACGGCACAGAGUAAGUCCUCCAUAGCAGUUGCCGAAUUGAAUGAAUGACACUAAGGGAAGCACUGGUGCUCAUCUUCCUGAAAGCAGAGGGCUGGAUUACAUGACCAUUUUAGAUCGAUUCAGAGUCUUUGCUGUUAGGAUCCUUUGAUUGCUCAGAUAUUACCAAAUUGGGCCUCCUCUUCUAGGGUAUGUGUGUCUGUCUGUCUGUCUGUCUGUGUGUACCUCCAUAUUAGGAGGCUUUCUAUUUGGGGAGGAUUUAGACAUUGCCUCUCCUCUAAGAAAUCAAGGUGCCAUAGCAAACCCAGCUCCAAUCCUGCUUAGGAUCCAUCAGUGAGAGAUUACAGUUGGUCUUCACAGCUUUGAAAGGUCUGGGUAGAAGUGACCUCCAAGGCAGGCAGGGUUUCAGUCGAAUUGGCAGUCAGCACUGUGCCCAGAGAGGGGUUUGAGUGUUCUCGGCCCCCUUGCUGACAGCCAGCCCUGAGUCCCGCUAAAAAGCCCAGGUCCUUGUUUGAAGAAGGGUGGGAAUAUACUUGGAUUUUAUUUCACACUGCAAAAAUCACUGGUGCCUAGACUGGGUCCAGUCUGCAUCCCUAGAUUUAUCUAGUUUCUCUAUUAGUCCUUUGGGGAGCUGGACACAGCUAUCUUGGGAUCUGAACUUGUGGUGGGUGUGAAAGGCCAGAGGUUGAUCACUGUGGAACUAUCCAGAGGAAACAAGGAUGGCUAUCAGGACUGUAGGCCCGGCCCUGUGCUGAUUUAUAUACUAUGAGAGAUAAAAGAUACCCCCUUUGAGGUGCAUACUGUCAGGAAGACAAAGCUGAACUAUGAUCAAAUGAAUGCAAUGUAUAAUCUAUGUGACUUCAAUUGUAUGGUAAAGGUUAAAGGGGCUGAGAAGUUGCAAGGAAGACUAUGGUGAGAUUUGGGUGGGUGGGUAGAACAGUGGGGAUCCCAAAUUGGGAGAAAGGCCUCAGCCAGAGCAUGGAGAUAGGUUGAGACAUGCAUGAGGUGCAGUGAGGGGUCGGACUUGAUCCACAUAGAGGGUUCAAGUUAAAUGGUGGGAAAUCAGAUUGGAGAGGUAGGCUGUGGUGGUCUUCAGAACAGCAGAGGAGUUCUGAGUGUUCCUGGAUGAGUUAUGGGGUGCCCUGACUUUUCCUUUGGCUAAUGAUCUUCCAGAGAGGAAACAAAACCUCCUCAGCAACUCUUGUGUUCCUUGUCUUCUGCAAGGAGAAGGAUUUUUGGAGUAGAAGGGACAAAGUGGGCACCAGAGACAGGCUCCUCAAGGCAGUCCAGUCCCAGGGAGCCCUUAGCCGCUCUCUGCACCUCCAUCUCAUAGUCUGGGUCAAUAACAGCCUCAGGCAUUGUGAUGACCUGCAGCUCAAGUUGCAGGACAACUGGUGGUGGCUUUGAAAAUCCCACAUAGAGUGAAGGGGACAACACACAGCCGCUUCACGGAGAUCAAUGAGUUUCAUAUUGAUUGAGGGCAAGAUUCUAGAACAAAUGAUGAAAAGGAGGGUUGGUGAGCAUUUCCAAAAGGCAGAGAUCACUCAGCCCCUGCACAGAUUCCAGAAAAAAAAAUCAUUCCCCAAUCAGCUCAUUUCCUUUGAUAGGGUGACUUGAUGGGUAGAUGAGGAGAAUGCUACACCUACAGUGUAUCCGGCAUUCAAUGGAACAUUCACUCAUCACACUCUUGGGACAAUAUGAAGAAAUGUGGGGAUUCUAGGCAGAUUCUUAACUGGUUGAAUGACUACACACAAAGGGGUUCUGUUUUCACAUUGCUAGAUCAAAUUUGAAAAAUUACACAUAGCUGGGAGAGAGAGCCAAAAUGUGAGAUGACAGAAUAAGAAUUCAUAGAGAUGUCAAGAGGCCACUAUGAUGGACUCACUGUAGCAGAAUCAAAGUUUCCAAGGACAAAGAUGAAGUCACCUGUUUGAGUUCCAAAAUGUAACAGUACAACUGUAGGAAGUGAGAGAUGGGGCUUAGAGGGGUUUAGAGUAAAUGAAAGCCCAUUGUGAGCCAUGAGUCAAAAGUAUAGUUUGGUUGUUACAGAAAAUAUUGUGACCUUGGGCUGUAUUAAUGGAAGUAUAAUGUCCAGAAAAAAGGAGGUGAUCAUCUGGUGCUACUCUGCUCUGGUCAGACCACAGUCGAGGCCCUCUGUUCAGUGCGGACAUCACACUUCAAGGGAAAUGUCAACAAAAGUAUAGCCAGAGAAAGAGUGGUGAGAACAGUGAGGGGACUAGCAAAUCCCAAGAGAAGGUUGUCUACUGUCAGCAAAUCAUUACUGGGCUCAUGGUGAAGAGGAAGCUGUAGAUUUAUUCUGUGUAUGACUCCAAGGGUUCCGGGAUCUAAUGGGUAGAAGUUACAGGAAAGCAGAUUUGGGUUCAACAUAAGGAAGA